AUGGAGCUCACCAGAAAACCCUCAGAGCUUGGCUUGUCCCUGUCAAAUGCCAAAGCCACAAGCUCUGCCAACCACCCAUUAUCCGCUCCAGUACCGAAGGCCGCCAAGCCGUUUAAAGACAACAAGAAACAGUCGUCCAGAAGACAUCCACGAAGAACUGUGUCAAAUAAGAAGACGAAUUGCAUUCAAACCAUCUCCUUCUUCGAUCUUGCUCGCGAGGUUCGUGAUAUCAUAUAUUUCAAUGUCCUGCGCCCGGACUGUGCAAUGAGUUAUGGAAUCUCUGAGGCCAAUAUCUAUCGCUACAAGAGUUGUUAUAAGCUUCAUCCAUUACAUUUCGAAGCGAUCGGCCUACUCAACGCCUUUGAGAACAUCAUCAGGAUCUCCAGUAAAGGUGCCAGACUAUUCCGUAACGCGUACGAGCAUGGUAUGCCGGGAUUUUUCGCCUGUGACAAGAAAACCUCCCACUGCCGCCUGGGACCAAGCCUUUCAGAGCUUCAGGUCUUACGCCUUCGACAUCUUGCUGUAGAGGUUCGGUACCCUGUCUUCACCGUAAACGAUAGCUAUACCUAUCGAGAAGAUGUUGUCAAGUUGGGCACUGAGAUCAAGCAGAUUGCCGCUGUACUUCGCAGAUGUCGUUCCAUGCAGACGUUCCGGUUGAUCCUGCAGACUAAAGUGGUCGACGAUGAUUGGUCUGACGGCGCGGAGACCUGGUCUCCGCUAGCACCUAAAGACCAUCCUGAUGUGCAAACGCUGUUGCCGCUCUUUCUGGAUGCAGCUCAAGCUAAAUGCAUCAAAACAGCCGCAGAAGAGCAAAAGCACUUCAGUGUUGGUCAAUAUGACAAGUCUGCUCACAAAACCGACGACUACACUGAUCCAUUGGUGGCCUGUUACAAUCAACAGGCUUUCGACCGUUCCAUAUACGCAGCGUUUGAGCAGUCAUACGACGAUCAGAUCGUCUCCCGUGGCUUUGAGCAGGAAGGUAGAGUCCGACAACGGGCAACUGUCGGAAACCGUUGUCUGACUUCAGAAUCAAUGGAGGAUACAGAGUGGGGUUUCCUGAAGAUUGCGCGCUCGAACGUCAAGCAAUACAUUCACAAAGAUCCUGACGAAGAAUGGGAGCUGCUGCAAGAAUGCCGCAAGUGCUACCAGAUAUUCGACUCUCGCGAAGAUCUUGACGCACACCUUGAGCUUAGACCUAAGCACAGAAUGCCCUUCGUGCUUUCAGGAACUCACGACGGUGACUUGCGCUUCCGAUUUACGCAUGUUGUCCCGAAUCAGGUACAAGAGUACACAGCUGUAUCGUACACCUGGGGAAAUGAUGCGAGAAGUGAGAUCAUCUACGUCGAUAACCAGCCUCUUACGAUCUCGCCAACCCUUUGGGCUUGCCUCCACUGUCUGCGGGAGAAAUGGCAAUAUAUUUGGGCUGAUGCAGUUUGUAUCAAUCAGGACAACGUGACCGAGCGAAACGAGCAGGUUCGCAUCAUGGACCAGAUCUACUCAAACGCUGCUAUCGUAUCCGUGUGGUUGGGUAACAUACCGUUACCACCACAAGUCAACUUCGAAGGCCGCAUUGCCAAUUUGGAGGUCGACUACUUGGACUGGGAAGAGUCAAUGUAUGAUAUAGCAAGUCGGCCUUACUGGUCAAGAACCUGGGUUAUUCAAGAAUUCUUGCUGGCACGAGUGGUGCAUAUCUACUGCAGCAAUACUCGAAUUGAUGGCGAUCUCUUUCAGGAUAUGUUAUCGAAUGCAGCUGGCAUAGAUCUCUUCUCAGUCGAAGUCGCAGACACCGUAACACAGCCAGACCUCAUACAAAAGUGGCCAGCUUUGCCAUUCGUGAUUGGACGGCAUGCCGACCGGUAUCCACAGCUACGUCAGCCACUCUAUGAUCUCCUCGCUGGCCAUGUAAAUUCGCAAAGCAAGGAUCCGAGAGACAAAGUAUUCGCGCUUCUUGGACUGCUGCCUACGGAAGAACGCUCUUCCCUCGAGAGAAGCUUUCCGGAUUACGCUUUGAGCAAGGAGCAAGUAUAUAUUGUAACGCUUGCCCAUGUACAACAUUUCUCGGGAGAUCAGCCCAUUGAACCUAUUUUCAGAGCAUUGCACAUCAACCAAGCCACAGAGAUUACCCGGCUGAUGAAGAUCGUCGAAAUUUUUGAUUACAUUGAUGCAGACAACCCGGCUGCAGAGGCAGAAUUCAUGGCGACGGAUUGGUCCGGAAGUAUUGAAGAGGACUCGAGGUCACCGAUAAUAUACUAG